UGAUUCCAGACCUGUUAUCGUUGAUUGGUUUAUUAUAUUUUCAAAUAGAGAUUUUUAAUGAAUAAUGUUAGGCCUCAUUCAAAUGUAUUCAUUAUGGUUGUUGCUAUCUGAGUUUUGUUAUUGUAGCCAUGAGCUGGUUUUGUGUUUAAGUAUUUGAAUGACACUAAUGAGCUAUGUUUAUUGAAUCCAGAAGUUGCCCCUAACUUUAUGAAGCUUAGUGAUAGCAUGAUUACCACUGUUUCGGGAGUUGAUGCUAAGCAAUGCCAAGACUUGCUGUGUAAUUUGAUGGAACUGGUAGGCUUAAUUUUGGGAUUUUUUUUCUUCUUUUUCUUUGAAUGGAUACAUUAAUUGCUUGUUCUUUUCAGUCUCUCUUUUUUUGUUGAAAGAUUUGAUUUUUUUUCAUCUAUCUUCGUGUUUGCUAGUGUCACCAUUUAAAACAUCAAAGUAGAGAAAAAAAGAUUCCGCUUGAAUGUGCAUUAGACUUUAUGAUCCGCAUUCUAUCAUCUUGCCGUGAAGAAGGAUUGAUCGUGUCUUGGAUCAACAAAGAUGAGUAUUGUUAUUGCUCUUUCUUUGUGAAGGAAUUAUGUUAGGCUAUUUUUCCAAAAAAUCUCAGUUUAUCGAUUCGUUUCUUUGUUUAGAGUUUCUUAUAUGGUGUGGAUGGUAGAGCGGUACGUAUUACUAACUCUAAAUUGGGCUCUAGUUUGGGAAAUGGUGUUGCGUACUAUCAUCUCAAGGUCGAUAAUAUAAUUGAAAUGAGAAAGCAUUAGCCUAAAGCCAAACUUCACAAAAUGGAUAUUUGUCCCUCCUCAAAGUUCCCAUUCGGUGACAAAUUGUACGAGGAUAGGUCUACGUGGUUACCUAAUGAAGCUGCAUGGUGUGCUAAACGUGUUUGUUGUUGCACUGUAUCUUCCUCCAUUAAGCCUCCCGGGGCUUUCGUUACUGUUUUCAAUGCGGGAGCUUGUGGGUGCAAGGUGGUCCAUAAGAACGUCAAUGCGAAAGAAUUUUUGGAUGGCUCUCCAUUCGCACAUGUCGAGGAAGAGUUGAUGAAAUUUGAUAAUGACAAUUUGGAAGAAGGUGGUUGGGCGGAAGCUCAAAUCGAGAAGUAUGGCAGCUAUGGAGAAACCUUCUCCAUCAAAACUAUCAUGAUUGAUACAUUUUUCAUGGACAAAGUGACUUUGCUAGAUGAGUUCUAAUUUGGCAAUGGAGAAGUUGUUUCAGCUACGUAAAUGAAUAAAGAGAGGAAGUUGUUUUGGCAAUGGAG